UAGCGUGGUAACCCUGCACUCGGAGAUGAAUUAAUUCAGCCGAUCUCGUAGUCAUAUGUUUCCCGUUGUCGCGCGACAGCGACAGCUCGCCGUGCUGUCAAGUUCCAUUUCGACCGGUGGUCGCGCGCGCUUUCAUUUCUCCGAGGUGAUACGUCACUCGAGCGCGCUUAUCAGGCUUAUCUCAUUCUCAUCCAGUCCGACGCCCCUCAGCUCGACUUACUCGACGAACAGCUGAGUUUUUCAGGUUCCCGUGCUUAUCGCCAGAUUUGCACAUCUUUAUCGGUCCGCUCAACGUAACCCUAUCUCGUGCCAUCAUACCGUCUGUCUCGGCCACGCAAGCGGGUUCCAAGGAACAUUGCAGCGGUCAAUUCCACGUGGACGCCCGCAAUGCGACUCGAGGGUCGCGCAACUUGACGCUGAGAGGACGGGGACUGGGUAGUUGGAGCAAGAAUUCGACCUGUAAACAUCGCGUGGAAACGGGCUGAGUCGUUGAGGUGAGGUAUCUGAUUUACACCGAGCGGAGAAAAUAGCGUGUCUUUGGCAGUAUCUGUUUGCAAGUAACACUGGGCUACAUGGUAAGGAUGAACAGAAAGACCAACAGUGCGACGGCCAGAUUGAGACAGGACUAUCUGCGCCUUAAAAGAGAUCCAGUGCCGUAUGUUCUUGCGGAGCCAGUGCCUUCGAAUAUCCUGGAAUGGCAUUAUGUAGUCAUAGGACCGGAAAAAACACCAUACGAGGGUGGAUUUUAUCAUGGAAAACUCAUAUUUCCAGGAGAGUUUCCAUUCCAACCUCCUAGCAUUUACAUGACCACUCCUAACGGCCGAUUUAAAGUCAAUACGAGAUUGUGUCUGUCCAUUUCCGACUUUCAUCCAGAUACAUGGAAUCCAGCGUGGAGCGUAUCUACUAUUCUUACUGGCUUACUCAGCUUUAUGAUUGAAAAGAGUCCCACGCUCGGCAGUAUUAAUACAACAGAUUAUGAGAAGAGACAGCUGGCUGCACAAAGUUUAGAAUAUAAUUUGAGGGACAAGAUGUUUUGCGAACUCUUUCCAGAAACUGUCGAGACGAUCAGAACGGAACUGGAACGUCGGAAAGAACUUGAGAAACAAGCGAGGCAUCAAUCCACUGCGUCUGAAGUCUCUUCGUUAAUACGAGAUCAGUUCCAGAGAGAUCAGAGCCCACUGCACAGCGCACUGGCAAAUCUCGUUGUCAUCAUUGGUUUCGCGGCGUUUGCGUACACGGUGAAUUAUGUGCUGAAGAGCAUAGCUAUGGAAUAAGUCCGAAUCAGAAUACUAUGUAUUUCAAGCUACAUGAGACAAAGGGAGAGAGAGAGAGAGAGAGAGAGAGAGAGAGAGAGAGAGAGAGAGAGCUGUAACAAUCACCUACAAUGACCUACAUACAUCCGGGAAAGAAGAGGAUUAUAUGAAGAAAGAAGAUAUAGGUUAUAUUUGCCUAUCGAUCAAUCUUUCAAAUUCGUGCAGACCGCGUGGAACCGAGCUCCAUUCGGUUCCACGCGGCUUGGAACCUUUGCCAGUAAAACUGUGGAUAGUUUCAUAGAUUUUUAUAUCAAGGAUUCAUUGUAAGAUACAAGCUGUAUUAUACUUGCAAAUUCUACGCGCUCUAGCAAUUAACGAAUAAUCUCUCAAUUCGCAUAAGACAUAUGCGCAAGACGGAACAUAUAAUCGCAGUGGCUUCCCUGCCAUUUUUCUUAUCGGAUUUGCUCUCUUCUGACUUAUAAACAUAAGUAUGAGGAACCAAGUUUCUUCUUUGCGGUGCUGAUAUUCUUCCUUUUAUUGAAUUUUCUACACUUUUACGAUUGAUUAUAUUCAAAUGCAUCCAAAGAAGUGUGUGUGUAUGUGUGCGUGUGUGUGUGUGUGUGUGUGUGUAUUUGUGUGCGUGUGCGCGCGUGUAUUACAACACAUUAGUCUCGUUUACAGAGAAUCUCUCGGAUAGAAAUGCACAAAUUAAUUGCACUUCGCAAUGUGCCAAUAAAACUAAAUCCAAAAUUAAAAUGCAAUUUCGAUAAAUCAGAUUAUGCUUCGCAGCCUGACUCAUUCUAUUCAUGGAAUGAGUCUACAUUUUGUAAAUAUGUGAUAAGGCCGAAGGCGUUAUUGCGUUCAAGAGCGUGCUAUUAACAUUAUUGUUUUAUUUUUAUUAGACAUAGAAACAAGAAUAAAAUGAUGCAAUGGCAUGAUAGCGCGCUCCCUGAACGCAACCAGAGAUAAAAUAGGUAUCUCUACGCCAUUAAUGUAAAAAAGCGAAUAUAGCUAUAUCCAUCAUGUCAUCGGUGAUUAUUUCAACUUCCUUAAAAACUUUACGAUUGAUGUGUUUCUCUGUUUAGGCAUUAAAAUGGCUCGUAGUAUUAUUUCUUCGUGAUUUUCUUCCAUUUGAAUAACAUUUCUUCCUUAAUUGACAUGAAAAGAAACUUUUAUAUUUCAAG